AUGGCCUCGGAGUCGGUGAAGGUGGUGGUGCGCUGCCGCCCCAUGAACCAGCGGGAGCGGGAGCUGAACUGCCAGCUCGUGGUGACGGUGGACUCCGCGCGCGGCCAGUGCUUCAUCCAGAACCCGGGCGCCGCCGACGAGCCGCCCAAGCAGUUCACCUUCGACGGCGCCUACUACAUGGACCACUUCACGGAGCAGAUCUACAACGAGAUCGCCUACCCGCUGGUGGAGGGUGUCACCGAGGGCUACAAUGGCACCAUCUUCGCCUACGGUCAGACGGGCAGCGGGAAGUCCUUCACCAUGCAGGGCCUGCCGGACCCGCCUUCCCAGAGAGGCAUCAUCCCCAGGGCCUUCGAGCACGUUUUCGAGAGUGUCCAGUGUGCAGAGAAUACCAAGUUCCUGGUCCGGGCCUCCUACCUGGAGAUCUACAAUGAAGAUGUCCGUGACCUGCUGGGGACAGACACCAAGCAGAAGCUGGAGCUGAAGGAGCACCCGGAGAGGGGCGUGUACGUGAAGGGGCUCUCCAUGCACACGGUGCACAGCGUGGCCCAGUGUGAGCGCAUCAUGGAGACGGGCUGGAAGAACCGCUCAGUGGGCUACACGCUGAUGAACAAGGACUCCUCGCGCUCCCACUCCAUCUUCACCAUCAGCAUCGAGAUCUACGCCGUGGACGAGCGGGGCCAGGACCACCUCCGCGCCGGCAAGCUGAACCUGGUGGACCUGGCGGGCAGCGAGCGGCAGUCCAAGACGGGUGCCACGGGGGAGCGGCUCAAGGAGGCCACCAAGAUCAACCUGUCCCUGUCAGCCCUGGGCAAUGUCAUCUCGGCCCUGGUGGACGGGCGCUGUAAACACAUCCCCUACCGGGACUCGAAGCUGACGCGGCUGCUGCAGGACUCGCUGGGCGGCAACACGAAGACGCUGAUGGUGGCCUGCCUGUCACCCGCGGACAACAACUAUGACGAGACGCUCAGCACCCUGCGCUACGCCAACCGGGCCAAGAACAUCAAGAACAAGCCGCGCAUCAACGAGGACCCCAAGGACGCCCUCCUGCGCGAGUACCAGGAGGAGAUCAAGAAGCUGAAGGAGAUCCUGGCCCAGCAGAUGAGCCCCAGCAACCUGGCAGACCUGCUGUCCAGUCAGACCCCCCUAAAUGCUGUUCAGACUGAGGAGAAGCUGGCGCCCCCACCGGUGAUCCAGCCUGACACAGAGGCUGAGAAGCAGCUGAUCCGGGAGGAGUACGAGGAGCGCCUGGCCCGGCUGAGGGCUGACUAUGAGGCGGAGCAGGAGUCCAGGGCCCGGCUGGAGGAGGACAUCACUGCCAUGCGCAACUCCUACGACGUGAAGCUGUCCACACUGGAGGAGAACCUGCGUAAGGAGACAGAGGCUGUCCUCAAGGCGGAGGUCCUCAAGGCAGAGGUCCUCAAGGCAGAGGUCCUCAAGGUGGAGGUCCUCAAGGCGCAGGGCACGUCCAGGGUGGAUUCUGUCAGCUGGCCGGAGCCCUCCCCUGCAUUCCACUGCGAGCUGGCCACGAAGCCUGAGAUCCACUCCAUGCCAUGUGCUCUGGCUGGCGAGGAUGUCUCCAAGACUGAGGUUUCUCCAGCGUUCGAGGAGCUGCCCCCGGCGGAGACCUCCAAGUCUGAGGCGUCUCUGGGAUCCGAUGAGUCUUCCACGCUCGAGGACACCUCCGUGUCCGAGGCCUGCCCCGCGCCCCGGGAGCCUUCCAACGUGGAGUUCUCCGCGCCCGAGACGGAGGCCGUGGGCAGCUCCCUCCCGGACCACGACCUCAGCUGGGAGGCCCCCGGAGCCCUGCGGUGGGCUGGGUCGGUCCCCGAGGACGAGCAGCCACAGCUGGCGGCGCUGGGUCUGCUCCCCAGCCUGCACGACCCAUUCGCCGAGGUGGAAGCCAAGCUGGCCAGGCUCUCCUCCGCGGUGGGGGGGGCCGAGGCACCCCAGGCGGCCACCCCCAGGCUCCCCACACAGCACCCCUCCCUGACGGAUCUGCUGGGGCCUAGGUCUGAAGCUGAGGCAGCGGACUUCCUCCUGCCCGGGACUGAGGUUGACCCGGGCCCAGAAGUGGCCGAGGAGGUGGUGCCGGGAGCAGAACCUGGCGUCGGGGCUGAGACUGAGGCCCAGAUGGCCUUGGAGGCUCAGCCUCAGCCCUUGGUGGCUACGACCAGUGUGAGAAGGGACAGUGUGGAGGUGGCGGUGCUGACCGACGACCUGCUGCCUGUCGUGGACCAGCAGCAGGUGCUUGCCCGUUUGCAGCUGCUGGAGCAGCAGGUGGUAGGGGGGGAGCAGGCCAAGAACAAGGACCUGAAGGAGAAGCACAAACGCCGGAAGCGGUACGCGGACGAGCGCAAGAAGCAGCUGGUGGCGGCCCUGCAGAGCUCGGACGAGGACGGCGGCGACUGGGUGCUGCUCCACGUCUACGACUCGAUCCAGGAGGAGGUGCGGGCCAAAAGCAAGCUGCUGGAGAGGAUGCAGCGGAAGCUCCGGGCAGCAGAGGUGGAGAUCAAAGACCUGCAGUCAGAGUUCCAGCUGGAGAAGAUCGAUUACUUGGCCACCAUCCGCCGGCAGGAGCGCGACUCCAUGCUCUUCCAGCAGCUCCUGGAGCAGGUGCAGCCCCUUAUCCGCCGGGACUGUAACUACAGCAACCUGGAGAAGAUAAGGCGUGAGGCCUGCUGGGACGAGGACAACGGCUUCUGGAAGAUCCCUGAGCCCAUCAUCCUAAAAACCAGCCUCCCAGUAGCAGUUCCAACAGGGCCACAGAACAAGGCAGUCCGCAAAGCCUCCACAGCAGACAAUGGUGAACCGGGCACGCAGGAAGAAGACCGCUACAGGCUGAUGCUCAGUCGGAGCGACAGUGAGAACAUUGCCAGUAACUACUUCCGGUCCAAGCGAGCCAGCCAGAUCCUCAGCACGGAUCCCAUGAAGAGCCUCGCGCAUCACAGCUCGCCCCCUGGCCUCGGCUCCCCACUCAGCAACACCUCUGCCAUGUCGCCUACCCAGGCCCCCGAAAUGCCCCAGCCCCGGCCCUUCCGCCUCGAGUCCCUCGACAUUCCCUUUUCCAAGGCCAAGCGUAAGAAAAGCAAAAGCAGCUUUGGCAGUGAGCCUCUGUGAACACGGCCUCCUGCUGCUGCCCUGCCUUGGGGCAUCCGUGAGACUGCCAGGCCGCCCCCCUCACCCCCACCAGGGCAGCCCCAGCCAGGCCUCCUCCCCACUGCCCCCACGGUGUCCGGAUGCUCGAGAGGGGUCCUUGCCCUGCGAAGAGGCUUUCCCUUCCCUGUUACCCAUCCUUGCGGAGGUGCGCUCUGGCUCUCCACGCCACACCAGUGUUCUAUCUGCUCACCUGCCACAGCCCACCGCACGUGCCCCCCACCCCCAUUCCGUUACUCUGUGCCUCGAUGGGCUCAGAAACCUCACGGCGUUCACCAGCAGCACCGACAGAGUGGGCAGCAACUUCCGUGUUGAUCAAGGACAGCAUCUCGGUGAUAGACCAUCAUGCCUCUGUCUACCAGGCCAGGAAGCUGGAUGGCGUGGGCACAGGAGUCCUGGAGCUCACACCCAGCUGCUCUGUGGCCUAGAGGAGGCUUCCCCACAUGAGGCUGCCCCAAUAAACUGCCUUUUCCCGAUGAGCUCCCUUCCCCAGUCCUCGGACAGUGUCAAUGGGGCCCCUCCUGCCACGGCUGCCUGGCCUUCACGGGGAAGCGCUUUUUGGAGCGGUGUUUCUUAACUACCUGAUGCCUUUAAAAAUGGGCUGUGGGGUUUCCGCAACUCCCCACACUCAUGAGUACAAGUGCAUUUUUCUGGGGCGAGCACCUCAUUCAAUUCUCCAAAGAUCUGAGUAAGAAAAGCAGAUCCCUUGUUUUGGACAAUAAAGAUUGUGUCUUGCUGAAACCCA